GAGGAUGGAUAAUUCUUUGUGCUGACCAAUAUGAACAUCACCCCAAAUCAAACACAGUCCAAAUGUGCUGAGAAUCCGACCCCAGCAUCCAUAUGCACUUCUCACAGGGACUGCAAAAGGGGCUUCAAUGAUGCUCGUGGAAAUGGUGUUCGGACAGGCAGAUGUGUCAAUUACAAUGACACGGUGAAGACUUGUGAAGUGCUGUCCUGGUGUCCUUUAGAGAAGAUUGUUGAACCUCCAAAUCCACCACUUCUGGCAGAUGCUGAAAACUUCACUGUGCUCAUAAAGAAUAACAUUCGUUAUCCCAAAUUUAACUUCAACAAAAGGAAUAUCCUUAUAAAUAGCUCCUACUUGACACAGUGUGUGUUCAGCCGCAAGACAGACCCUGACUGCCCAAUCUUCAGACUCAAAGAUAUUGUUGAAAAAGCCGAAGAGGAUUUUCAGACUAUGGCAGUCCAUGUCAGAGACUUAAUUUAUAUCUGGUGGGAUUGUAACCUUGACAUGCCACAGAGCUGGCGUGUGCCUCGUUACACUUUCCGCAGACUGGACAACAAAGACCCUGAAAAUAACGUGGGCCCCUGGUACAACUUCAGAUUUGCUAAAUAUUACAAGGACAUUGAUGGCACAGAGACCAAAACACUUAUCAAGGUUUAUGGUAUUCGCUUUGAUGUCUUGGUAUUUGGCCAGGCAGGAAAAUUCAAUAUCAUACCAACACUUCUGAAUAUAAGUGCAGGCUUGGCACUUUUAGGCCUGGUACGGUCUGAGUGGUGCCUGGUUGCAGCCGUUGUGUGCUCGCUCUUUGAGUUUGACCUCCAGUCAGAAUGUUUCGGAGACUCCCCCGGCACGGGCUGA